CGGGCGCCCGCUCCGCGAGGCUCACCACCCACGCCGACUGGGGCAUGUAGUUGCCCGGGACGCACUCCGCCCGCCCGCUCGCUCGCCGCCACACACACACGCACACACACGCGCGCACGCCAGCGGCUCUGAGUUUGCAGCUCGAGGCGUCGGACAUGCUGAAGCCGGGGGAGCCCGGCGGCUCGGCCUUCCUCAAGGUGGACCCAGCCUACCUGCAGCACUGGCAGCAGCUCUUCCCCCACGGCGGCGGCGGCGGCGGGCCGCUGAAGGGCGGAGGCGCCGCGGGUCCCCUGGGCGCGUCCCAGCCGCUGCCGCUGCCGCCGCCGCCCCCGGAGCGCGCCGAGCCCACGCCGGACAGCCUGCGCCCGAGGCCCGCCGCGCUGACCACCUCCGCGCUGACCUCCGCCGCGCUGACCUCCGCGCCCGCCCCGGCCGCCUCCGCCUCCGCUUCCCCCGCCGCCUCCUGCGCCGCCGCCGCCGCCCUGGCGGGGCUCUCGGCCCUGCCCGUGGCACAGCUGCCCGUGUUCGCGCCCUUGGCCGCCGCCGUGGCCGCCGAGCCGCUGCCCGCGAAGGACCUGUGCCUGGGCGCCGGCCCGGGGCUCGGGCCCGCCAAGUGCGGCGGCGGCCACGGCGGGGAUCGGGACGGCCGGGGCGCCCCGCGCUUCCGCUGCAGCGCCGAGGAGCUGGACUAUUACCUGUACGGCCAGCAGCGCAUGGAGAUCAUCCCGCUCAACCAGCACACCAGCGACCCCAACAACCGCUGCGACAUGUGCGCCGACCACCGCCACGGCGAGUGCCCCAUGCACGGCCCGCUGCACUCGCUGCGCCGGCUCGUGGGCACCAGCAGCGCCGCCGCCGCCGCGCCCCCCGAGCUGCCCGAGUGGCUGCGCGACCUGCCGCGGGAGGUGUGCCUGUGCACCAGCACCGUGCCCGGCCUGGCCUACGGCAUCUGCGCGGCGCAGAGGAUCCAGCAGGGCACCUGGAUCGGGCCUUUCCAGGGCGUGCUGCUGGCCCCGGACCAGGUGCAGGCGGGCGCCGUGAGGAACACGCAGCAUCUCUGGGAGAUAUAUGAUCAAGAUGGGACACUACAGCACUUUAUUGAUGGUGGGGAACCUAGUAAGUCGAGCUGGAUGAGGUAUAUCCGAUGUGCAAGGCACUGCGGAGAACAGAAUCUAACAGUAGUUCAGUACAGGUCGAAUAUAUUCUACCGAGCCUGUAUAGAUAUCCCCAGGGGCACCGAGCUUCUGGUGUGGUACAAUGACAGCUAUACGUCUUUCUUUGGGAUCCCUUUACAAUGCAUUGCCCAGGAUGAAAACUUAAACGUCCCUUCCACGGUCAUGGAAGCCAUGUGCCGGCAAGACACCUUGCAGCCCUUCAGCAAGAGCAGCAAACUCUCCCCGGCCUCCACGCAGCGCUCCGUGGUUUUCCCACAGACUCCGUGCAGCAGGAACUUCUCUCUCUUGGACAAGUCGGGGCCCAUCGAGUCGGGAUUUAACCGAGUCAACGUGAAGAACCAGCGCGUCCUGGCGAGCCCGACUUCCACCAGCCAGCUCCAUUCGGAGUUCAGUGACUGGCACCUCUGGAAGUGCGGGCAGUGCUUUAAGACUUUCACCCAGAGGAUCCUCCUCCAGAUGCACGUGUGCACACAGAACCCCGACAGACCCUACCAGUGUGGCCACUGCUCCCAGUCCUUUUCCCAGCCUUCAGAACUGAGGAACCAUGUGGUCACUCACUCCAGUGAUCGGCCCUUCAAGUGCGGCUACUGUGGUCGUGCCUUUGCCGGGGCCACCACCCUCAACAACCACAUCCGAACCCACACUGGAGAGAAGCCCUUCAAGUGCGAGAGGUGUGAGCGGAGCUUCACGCAGGCCACCCAGCUGAGCCGGCACCAGCGGAUGCCCAAUGAGUGCAAGCCAAUAACCGAGAGCCCAGAAUCAAUCGAAGUGGAUUAACUGAUUGACUGGUUGGAAUUAAACUGCAAGGAAAGUCAUGAUUAAAUGUCACGGACACUUAAGCAAAACCAAAGAUUUCCUCUGAGCAACUUUCAAUCAGUCCCAGAAAACCAAAAGCAGUAAUAAAAUAAGUAAGAUGUUAAGAGAUAUUGAUCCUGGCAUAGAAGUCAGACCAGGAAAGAGAUUAUUUAUUUAUGACUAGGGAUGAAACUGACUUCGGUGGACAACUACCGUGGGAUGGCUCACAUUUCCAGUCCUACCGUGUGUUUGCUUUGUUUCUAAAAAGCUUUUUUUAAACUGUUAUUUAAUACCAAAGGGAGGACUCCGGUGAGUUCUUCUGCGCACGCUGUGACUAGGAAUGCACAGGGCCUCGCUGCACCUUUUCUCGUAGCAUGUUUGGAGGAGACCCAUGGCAUCGGCCUCCUUCCUGCUGUUCUGGUUCUGGUCCUGGCCUGGCCCAGUGUGAUGCUGGCUGCCCAGCACGGCCUGCAGAAACAAGGCAGAGCCGGGCUGUGGCUGUGCCACCGGCAGCCCGAGGCAGCUCGAUUCAGCACCCUUCUUCGUGUGCACUUUCCCGCGGCUCCUCCUGCCCAGCAUCCCCACCGUGAUGCAGGAAAGCUGCGGACAGGAAGAAAAGUUUGCAAGUUCAGAGGAAGAUGAGGGGACUUCAUCCUGUCGGGACUGCAAAAACAUUUAAAAUAUAUGGGGCUUCAUAACACAGUAUAUUGUUUCGAACAGCUAGUUGAGAAAAUUUUGUUUUCAAUAACAUUUUAGCUUAAAAAUGGAAAUGGAAAUAAAGUUCUCCGGUUUGAUGCUAAAUAUAA